AGAUAUCGUUUUUAUGCCUUGCGGAUUCGAAGACCCCAUAACGUAUAGAGAGGACACCGUCACAUUUCAAGAUAUUUAUGGCGCUCAAACCAGUAUACAACCCUCCGAUUGGACUCAGAACCUCUCUGGACACUUUUAGGGAGAAGCUAAAUUUCAAGUACAACUUGAACUUGAAAAAUUUCACAGACGUCCACGACUUCUCAGUUCAACGGCUGAAUGAUUUUUGGCUAUCAGUAUGGGAAUUCACUAAUGUAAAAGCUUCUAUUCAGCCGACCAAGGCCGUCCAUGAAGAUGAGUCCAUCGAUUGUUUCCCCUUGUUCUUCGAAGAAACGAGACUCAACUUUGCGGAAAACAUGAUUUUUCGCCAGAUCGAGGGCAUUGCGACAAUCGAUCUUAAUGAAGGAAACCUGGGUUCGCCUGAAGAGUAUACUUGGCGGGACCUGAGGGAGCUUGUGCGAAAAUAUUCGAAUGCAUUAAGGUCGUCCGGCUUGCAAAGAGGAGGCGUCGUGGCUCUCAUCGGGAGCAACUGCACUCGCUCUCUUGCUUUGCUUCUCGCCACUGCCUCCGUGGGGGCAGUAUUUGCAUCGUUUGCAACAGACAUGGGAGACAAGGCUCUCGAUGAUCGUUUAGGAGUGCUGAAGCCGCAAUUCUUAUUUGCCGAGUCCUCCUACGUGUACAAUGGCAAGAGGCAUAAUAUUGUUAAUAAGAUUGAUGUCUCAAUUUCAAAGCUCCAGCGGGAUGUCCCAUGUGAGGCCAUCAUCAUAGGCCCGAGCGACGGAAUGACUUCUCAGCGAACAAGCUUCAAUCAAUUUCUAAAGCGGGCGACCGACAUUGAAUUGGUGUUCGAGCAAGUUCCUUUCAAUACUCCACUUGUGGUCAUGUUUAGCUCAGGGACGACUGGGAGUCCAAAGGGCAUCGUACAUUCGCAUGGCGGGCUAGUCCUGAACGGAUUAAAGGAGUUUAUAUUGCACAACUGUCUCGGCUCAGGCGAUGUGCACUACCAUUACACAAAUAUUGGCUGGACUUUAUGGAAUAUCUCAAUUGGCGCCUUAUUCGCUGGGUCAAGUCUGGUGCUGUACGACGGGAGUCCUUUCUACCCAACUCCCGAAAAAUUUCUCGAAUUCUUGUUCAAAAUCAAUAUCACAUCAUUCGGAGCCGGACCACGCUACUUUUCAGAACUACAAAAGCUGAAUGUCUCACCGAAAAAAUACACCAAACAUCUCCAUUCGCUACUAUCAACCGGAGCGGUCCUUACGCCUCCGCUUGCCACUUGGCUUGCCGCAGCCUUUGGUCCUGUUUGCCAGCUGUCAAUGUCUGGCGGAACUGAACUCUGUGGUGCUUUCUUGCACGGAUCCCGCUCAGUGCCUUCCUAUGCUGGCGAGCUUGCGGUCAAGGCUCUGGGAAUGGAUGUCGUGGUCUUCUCGCCUGAAGGCAGACCUGUCGCCGACGGUGAAAGCGGAGAGCUCGUAUGUCGCAAGCCGUUCCCCAAUAUGCCAGUUAAAUUUUGGGACGACCCCGGGCGCUCCAGGUACUAUAACUCUUACUUUGCGAACUUCCCAAAUGUGUGGACACAUGGAGAUUUUAUCCAGGUCAACCCGGUCACUAAAGGUGUUUACGUGCUGGGCAGGAGUGACGGUGUGCUAAACCCUUCUGGUGUACGUUUUGGAACCUCCGAGAUCUACAAUAUCAUCUCGACCCCAAUGUUCGAACAAUUCAUCAGUGAUGCUGUGGUAGUGGGACAACAGCGCUUGGUUUCAGGUUAUUCUGACCCUGCGGAACGUGUGGUUCUCUUCAUCAAAUGUACGCCAGAAGCCACAUCAGGUACUAUCAAUCCGAACCCGAAAAUCAUAUCAAUGAUCAAUCAAGCCAUCGAGAGAAACCUCAGUCGAAGACAUGUUCCUUCAUUCAUUUUCGAGACCGGAACCGUUCCCUACAAUGUCAAUGGCAAGAAGCUGGAGAUUCAGGUCAAAGCCAUCCUAAACGGAGGUAAAGAAGCAAUGGCCAAAUUGAAAGUGACGAAGCAGGAGUUGAAGCAAUUAGAAUGGUACGAGAAAUUUUUUGCCAUUGAGGAUUUUGUGAACAACGGUCCUUUGCGAACAUCGAAGCUAUAAGUACGCCACAGACACAUCACCUACGACUCUAUAGAAACACGCAGCAGUGCGCAGAUAGACAGACAGAGAAC